ACCAAACAGCUAUCGGCACGGAGCGCACGUGCACAACUCAAAAUAUUAAAUAAAAAAAUAAAAUAAAAAAUGAAAAGUUUAAUAGUACUAGGGUUGGCUGUUUGUGGAUUAGUUUCAGGCCAAGAAUUCAAAUGCCCGGACAAGAGCGGCUUCUACCCGGACCCGUAUCAAUGUGACCUUUAUUACAAAUGCAGCAGAGGAGAUGCAGAAGAGAAGCUGUGUCCUGAUGGUCUCGUGUUCUCAGAUGAAAACCCCAACAAAGAACACUGUGAUAUCCCUUCUAACGUCGACUGCGGCGACAGAAAGGAGCUACAAGAACCUAAACCAUCGAAGGGCUGCCCUCGUCAAAACGGAUACUUUAAACAUCCUGACCCACAGGCCUGCGAUAAAUUCCACUACUGCGCUGAUGGUAUUCCCAACGAGCUUCCGUGUCCUCCAGGACUGUACUUUGACGAAGAGACCUCCAACUGCGACUGGAAAGAAGUAGUCAACAGGCAAUGCGACCAAAUCACAAAAGAUGUUUUGGAUGAUGGUUUCACCUGUCCCGACGGCGAGGUCAUGGGCCCCAACGGCCGCUCCUUACCCCACCCCACUUUCCCCCACCCCGAAGACUGCCAGAAGUUCUAUAUCUGCCGUAACGGAGUCCAACCGCAAAAGGGAAGCUGUCCAUCCGGGAAGGUCUACAAUGAGGAUACGUUCAUGUGCGACGAUCCCGAAAAAGUUGUUGGAUGUGAAAACUACUACGACGGACAGCCACUUGACAAGAACAAGCUUCCCAAGAAGGCGUAAGGAGUUUAAAUAUAAGACUUUAGUAUUAUAUGACGUAUAAUAAAUUAUGGUAAU